CCUAUAUGGCAUCUUACACGGUCAAUUCAAGUCCUACAUGUAUUAUGCCAUAUAAGACGCAUGUGUCUAUUUGUUCAACUUUAUAUAAAUUUAAGUGUCUACUUGUGCACGUUUAAAAUUGAAGGUCAUAGAUGUGAAUUGAGACCAAGUUAAAAGGCAUGCUUAUCUAUUAUGCAUAUAACCUAUUGAGCCAAGAAGAAACUUCUUCUAGAAAAUGAGAAAAUCAAAAGAGUUUUUGUAGUACAUAGUUAAGUAAUUACUGUAAUAAUAUUGGGAGCAAUUCAUGUUUAAUCACAAGAACAAUGGAAGUAAUAAUGCAUCAUUUUACUUCCACUAACAAAAUGCAACAGCAUGCACGAUUUUCGAAAAUCAUAAGGUUUCUUUUCUUUCAUGAUUCGAACUCGUGGCACGUAAGAUCAAUUAAAGAAAAAAUACUCUCGAUAUUCUAGCUAACGACGAUACCAAAUUCAAACACAUAGUAGCAAAAGGAGGUAGUAAAUUAGGGAUAAAUUUUUUUUUUAGUCUACCUAAAGUUAAUUAAGAAGUCUGUGUCAACGGUCCGACCAAUGCUAAUCAUCAGAUGAGUAAUUAACCCCCGCAUUAGUAACUAUAUAUUUCUUGACAAUCUACAUCAAAGUGGACUCUAAUAACUACAAUUAUUAAGAAAAUGUUAAAAACGAAUAAAUCAAAAAAGAAAGUAAGAGAUGAUAAACAUCAAUUAUUAAAUUCGAGUUCCAUUUUUUCCAUUCUUUGCCUCCAAAUAUAUAUGUUCUGCUCUUCCCCUUUUCCAUAAUUGGAAACUGGAAUGAUGAUUCAUCCCAUUUACCGUUGUAGUAGUGCAUGCAUUAUCAUUUGAUUUUAACUUGGGGAAAACUUUUUUGUGUCGUUUAUUAACAUUAAUUAAUAAAAUAAAGUAAGUUGCCUCCUACAAUUGUUUUCCAAUUUCCUUAUCCCGAUGCAAAUCUUUCCUUUUGUGGUAAGAAUGGAUGGGCCAUCUUUGCUCUGACUGUAGGUGUAGUUGGAUGUUUUUGGCAACAAGUCUAUUUCAAGGUUAUAUUUUCUGUUUAACUUACAGUAUUUGAUUCUUUUACCACUUCCAUAUUACUAAUAACACAUUACACUUUGUAGCUAAUAACAUGUAGCUAAGUAUAGAAUUCUCGUUUCAAACAUAAUCAAAUACAUGGUCAAUGUUAAGUCAAUAUAUAUAUAUAUAUAUAUAUAUUCAGGGUGCCUUCUGGUAUGAAGGAAAAGGUUUUCCUUAAAAAUAUUAUGUCAAGAGCAUUUACGUAUAAUCUAGACAAACACUAUGAGGGUGAAAGGUGGCGGUCCGGGGUAAGGAAAGGGAGUUGGGCACGUUUUAUAAAAAAUAUUUCCUAUGUACACACAAGAGUUUACAAUUUGGUAAUAGAUGUAAUAAUCUAUUUUAGAUGGGCAAUGGAGUGUUCAAUGCAUUAAGCAACUUAAAUGUGGUUGAUUGACAUCUUUUGAGCUUCGAGUACACACACAAUUUAGUGAAACUUUAGUGGCACUGUCACUUUACCAUAAGAAUUAACCCAAACAAAAGAAUUAUUGGCACUAAGAGAACAAAGUACAGGAUUUUCUAUUUGAGCAUUUGAACUUUUGCAAUAUUUUCAACUACUCCGUGGCUUUUUCUAAUUUUUGUUUAUUACAAAGAAAGUAAACCUAUUAUUCAUUUUCCAUUUCACAUUUCUUUGGUAGUACGUAUAUAUUAGCAAGGGUAAAAUAAUAGUGUUUCCAAAAGGGCACUAAAAAACUUUGUAGUAAAUACAUGUUCCCAAAUUCCACAUUUCCCCCACCCCACCUCAAGGAAAUGAAAAUAAAUUCCUCCUUUCUCCACAUUGUUAAGGGGAAUUGAGUGAAAUCCAUAGUUUUCUAAUACUUGAGAGAGUGAAAAGAAUGGCUGAGAUUUUAGAUAUCAGUUCAACAGCUUCAGAUAUUAAAGAUGAAAAUGUGGAUCAUAUUCUUUCUUGUCCAUGUUUGGCAUCCAAGGAACUUGGUGACGACUCCUCACAUUCCUCAGGCUACUCUAAAACUAUAAGCUUUACUCAAAAGUUAGUGGCAGAGUUUUUAGGUACCUACUUAUUGAUGUUUGCUGGUUUUGCUGCCAUGGUGGUGAACAAGAACAUGGGAGUUCUAGGAAUAGCAGCUUUGUGGGGUUUGGAUACGAUGGUUAUGAUCUACACCGUUGGGCAUGUUUCUGGUGCCCAUUUGAACCCUGCUGUCACCAUUGCUUUUGCUUCAUGUAAGAGGAUAGCAUGGAAAUACGUGCCAGCAUAUACGUUAGCACAAGUUCUGGGAGCAAUUGUAGCAACUGUAACCGUGAGAUCGAUGUUCAAGGAAGAUCAAUCUCAGUUUCUGGGAACAAUUCCAGUUGGCUCAGAUUUGCAGUCUCUUGGAUUAGAAUUCUUGAUCACUUUCUAUCUCAUGUUUGCUGCUGCAGGCACCGCAAUGGAUAAUCCCGCCGUUGGAGAACUCACUGGACUUGUUAUUGGAGCUGUAGUCACAAUUAACUCUAUCCUUGCUGGGCCUAUUUCAGGGGCAUCAAUGAAUCCCGCAAGAAGUUUGGGACCAGCAAUUUUAUCAAAUUGUUACAAGAAACAAUGGAUAUACAUUUUGGGUCCUACAGCAGGAGCUAUAGCUGGUAUCUGGUUUUACAACGCCAUGAAGUCUGUUAAGCCCUUUGAUGAAGUCACUAAGUUUUUUCCCUUUCACAGACGACUAGCCCAGAACAAAAUACAAACAACAAAUACUACUAUCCCGGUCUGAUUAAUCAACCACUUCUUAGGUCCAGGUUUAACUCUUUCUGCAGAAGAUUAGCCCAAAAAGAGCUUAAUGAAUAAACCACUGUUCUGGUCAUUUAUGCAGUUAUUUAGAAUUAAUGGAAGCAUU